GGUCACGUGAGCGCGGCGCAGGUGAGCAGCGCUUCCGGGGUCGGAGCCGCGAUCGCUGCCGGCGCCGCUGCACUCGGCGGGGCGCGCGGGAGGCCAUGGCGUCCUCUUCGGUCCCGCCGGCCACCGUACCGGCGGCGACGGCGGGCCCCGGGCCGGGCUUCGGCUUCGCCUCCAAAACCAAGAAGAAGCAUUUCGUGCAGCAGAAGGUGAAGGUGUUCCGGGCGGCCGACCCGCUGGUGGGCGUGUUCCUGUGGGGCGUCGCCCACUCGAUCAAUGAGCUCAGCCAGGUGCCUCCCCCCGUGAUGCUGCUGCCGGAUGACUUUAAGGCCAGCUCCAAGAUCAAGGUCAACAAUCACCUUUUCCACAGGGAAAAUCUCCCCAGUCAUUUCAAGUUCAAGGAGUACUGUCCUCAGGUCUUCAGGAACCUCCGUGAUCGAUUUGACAUCGAUGACCAGGAUUACUUGGUGUCCCUUACCCGAAGCCCGCCGAGUGAGAGUGAAGGCAGUGAUGGGCGUUUCCUUAUCUCGUAUGAUCGGACGCUGGUCAUCAAAGAAGUAUCCAGUGAGGACAUUGCUGAUAUGCAUAGCAACCUCUCCAACUACCACCAGUACAUCGUGAAGUGCCACGGUAAGACGCUACUGCCCCAGUUCCUGGGCAUGUACCGAGUGAGCGUGGACAACGAGGACAGCUACAUGCUUGUGAUGCGCAACAUGUUCAGCCACCGGCUCCCUGUGCACAGAAAGUACGACCUCAAGGGCUCCCUCGUGUCCCGGGAAGCCAGCAAUAAGGAAAAGGUUAAAGAUUUGCCCACCCUUAAGGAUAUGGACUUUCUCAACAAGAACCAGAAAGUUUAUAUUGGUGAAGAGGAGAAGAAGGCAUUUCUGGAGAAGCUAAAGCGAGAUGUGGAGUUUCUCGUGCAGCUGAAGAUCAUGGACUACAGCCUCCUGCUGGGUAUCCACGAUGUCGCUCAGGGUGCGGAGCCGGAGGAGGAGGGGCCUGCGCGUGAGGAGGAGCAGGAGGGGGACGGGGACUGUGGCCUGCCGGGCCCACCCCCGAUGGUGGGCUCCUACAGCACCUCCCCGGAGGGAAUUGGCGGCUACAUCCAUUCCCACCGGCCCCUUGGCCCUGGAGAGUUUGCCUCCUUCAUUGAUGUCUAUGCCAUCCGGAGUGCCGAGGGGGCCCCCCAGAAGGAGGUGUAUUUCAUGGGCCUCAUUGACAUCCUGACACAGUAUGAUGCCAAGAAGAAAGCAGCUCAUGCAGCCAAGACUGUCAAGCAUGGGGCUGGGGCCGAGAUCUCCACUGUCCACCCCGAGCAGUACGCCAAGCGGUUCCUGGAUUUUAUCACCAACAUCUUUGCCUAACGACGGCGCGACUCCAUGGGGACCGCCGCUUCGUUAGAGGGGGCGGGGUUCUGGGAGCGUGGGGCAAGGGUGGGUAGUCAGGCCACGACUGCUCUCCUUCCCCCUUUGCUAAAUUCAGGCCGCAAGCCCCAUGUGGCUCGAACCUGUUGAGCAGGCUCUCCCUGGCCCUUUUCCGCCUGGUCCGGAUGUCUCCCUCUCCCCUCCCCGCCGAGUCUGCUUGUUUCAGCGGAGUGUUGCUGUCGACUCUCCCAAGUGCCUUGAUCUUUGUCAGAUGUCCUGUUCCGGUGACAUAGGAGGAGCUGGGGGAGGGGCUGUUUGCCAUCGUCAGGACCCGGCUGGACAGAGGACCUGCUCGGGCUCUACUCUGGAUGCACUUUGCGGAGAGACUGGACUUCGCGGAUAACUUCACGGGACUCCCAGCGGCGCCCCCUCUUCCCCGCGGGCCCCGGCCCAGGACUUCCACGACACUACAGCUGCGGGCACAGGCCUGCGCACAGACGGCCGCCCCGGGAGCCCUUCCGGGCUGGCACCUCAUCGAGGGGGGCACCUAAGAGGACUCAUGCUUAUCCAGGGAGUUUUAGAAGGCCUUUGUCAAGGAUUGCCUGUACUGCGGUCUCUGCUGUCACCCCACUUCUGGCUCCGCCCCUGUACUUCCCCCGGGCACAGCAGCCCAGUGAUGAGCGGCCAGCCCAGGCCAAGGUGUUUGCCGCUGCUCUUCGCCAGCACCUGACACCCUUCCUGGGGCUGGAACCCUGCACGGCACAGGCCCGGUUCUGGAGGGUGGGCUGAUGGGACAGGGUUUUAAGGCUCAUUCCCCAUCUUAGCCGCCCCUGAGCUUUUAGUCCCAGUAGAAGGGACUACCUCUGCCUGGCCCGGCCUGGUCAUUCCCAAGUGUGGGAGCCCCCUCUGCUCCCCGCGGGUGUCCACCUAGCAUCCAUCCUGCCCUGACCCCUCCUCUGAGGCUUUUUCCAGUUGAUCGGUUAUUUUGUUCUCCUCCGUCCCAUCUCACGCUGCUGCUGCUGCGUCUCCCAGGGACAGAUGGCCGUCUUUGUCAUCUUCACUCUCCGCCCCCAGAGGAGUCAGAGCCAUCGCUCAGUCCCCCGGCGCCUCCAAGCCUGGUGGAGGUGAUGUGCGAAAACCUCGGAACGCAGAGAACCCUGAGCCAGUGUCCCUCUCCCCUGCCCCAGUGCUUUCGGGGCUCGGGUGGCCCCUCUUCCGUCCCCCUGGCGGUGUCUUUUUUUUUCUUUUUUAACAUGAAGAUGUGUGCCAGCCAGUGACUUGUGGCCUGGACCGGCCUGUCUCACAAAAACGCAUGAGAUCAUAAAGGAGAAUCCUCUCCCGUCCAUCUUCUCUGAAGGAAGUAAAGAGGAGCCCCCGUGUGGGCGUGGAGCCCUGCUGUCUCUCCCUGAGGGUCCCGGUGGAUCUUUGUCAUUCCAGCGUCUACCUGUCCCCUGUUGAAUGCAAUAAAACUGUGACACCAGCAACUGUUCUUUAGAAAUGGGUUUUCUGACCAUGUGGCUGAUGCAUCAUGAGCGCUGUGGUCUUUGUCAUUUGUUGCUUCUGUUUUUCAUCAUUUUUGUUUUAUUAAUUAAAAAAAAGAUCUUGUAUAUUUACUCCCAUUGCUUCACUAUACAGAAAAUAAAUUAUUGAAUUAAAAUUCUU